AUGGGCUGGAUCGAAAAGACCAACCGGCGGAUCGCCACUGGUCCGGUCGGUCGCUGGUUCAAGCUUGAUGGAUGUGGACAUCCAAAGGAGAGAAAAGGGUCGUAUUUCUUUACCGAGCUGCGUGCCGGUCUUGCAACCUUCUUUGCCAUGGCGUACAUCAUUGCCGUCAAUGCUAGCAUCGUUUCCGACAGCGGAGGCACCUGUGUGUGCAACGAAUCCGCGAAUGCGAAGUCGAUUAUCCCCUGUGAAAAUGACACCCAGUACCUCCUCUGCAAAGCCGACAUCAAGAAAGACCUUGUCACAGCUACCGCCGCCGUGGCCGCCAUGGGGACCUUCUGUAUGGGACUUUUUGCCAAUUUACCCGUGGGGAUCGCCCCUGGUAUGGGAUUGAACGCGUAUUUUGCUUAUACGGUUGUCGGGAAGCAUGGAACGGGGCCGGUCCCGUUUGAGGUCGCCUUGACGGCCAUCUUCAUCGAGGGCUUCAUUUUCUUCGGCCUUGCGAUUCUCGGUUUGCGGCAAUGGCUCGCUCGUGCCAUCCCCCGCUGCAUCAAACUGGCCACAAGUGUUGGUAUUGGGCUCUUCCUCACUCUUAUCGGUUUGACGUAUGCCGAGGGAAUCGGUCUCAUUGUCGGCGGCACAUCGGUGCCCAUCGCCUUGGCGGGAUGUCUUGACGAGCUUCGAGAUGCCGAUGGGCAAUGCCCAGACAGUGUCAAAAUGCGCAGCCCUAUGAUGUGGAUUGGAAUAUUCUGUGGCGGUGUCUUCACCGUCAUGCUGAUGAUGUACCGGGUCAAAGGCGCCAUCAUCGCCGGUAUCAUCCUCGUUUCUAUCAUCUCUUGGCCCCGCACCACGCCCGUCACCUACUUCCCCUAUACUGAGCUCGGAGAUGCCAAUUUCGACUUCUUCAGAAAGGUGGUCGACUUCCAUCCGAUUCAAAAGGUUCUGAACGUCCAGCGUUGGGAUGUGGGCCAUUAUGGUGGUCAGUUUGGCCUCGCGCUAGUGACCUUCCUUUACGUCGACAUUCUGGACACCACGGGCACCCUCUAUUCCAUGGCUCGCUAUGCCGACCUUGUCGACCCUGUCACUCAGGACUUCGAGGGCUCGACCUGGGCGUACAUGGUCGACUCGCUCACCAUUUCGAUCGGCGCCGUGUUGGGAACUCCACCAGUUACUGCCUUUGUGGAGUCUGGCGCGGGGAUCGGCGAAGGCGGCAAGACGGGUUUGACGGCAAUGUCGGCGGGCUUCUGCUUUUUCAUCUCCAUCUUCUUUGCCCCCAUCUUCGCCUCGAUCCCGCCGUGGGCAACCGGUUGCGUGCUUGUGCUAGUCGGCUCCAUGAUGGUCCAGGCUGUGACCGACAUCAACUGGAAGUACCUCGGAGACUCGCUGCCGGCCUUCUUGACCAUCGCCAUCAUGCCCUUCACCUACUCCAUCGCCGAUGGGUUGAUUGCUGGGAUUUGCCUGUACAUCCUGAUCAAUUCCCUGGUGUGGAUCAUCGAAAAGGCGUCGGGUGGUCGCAUUGUGCCCCCUAACAAGGAGCUCAAGGAGCCAUGGACGUGGCGGACCGAGGGCGGUAUCAUGCCCCCCUGGAUGGGGCGGCUGGCGAAGGGGAAGAAGGAUUUUUGGCGCAAUACCCCGAACGCGUCAGUGUCUGACGCCGAGGGAGUAACGGAGAAGAUCGACGGCCAGACGGUGAAUUCAGAUAAGGACACGGCCGUUGCGACAGGCCGGGCCGAGAAGACGGCAUAG